AUGAGCGUAGCUACGCACCACGUGUACAGCGUACGUACAGGACGUACAUACCAGGGUGCUGUAAAACACUGUACAUACAUAGCGUAUGUACGCUGUAUGACGUCACCCGCAUUUGAAUACUAAUUACUUCUGAUGGUGAAUGUGGGGGUUACCUACUGCUAGCACAGGUCCUAAUGAUGAGCCCAUAGAAACGCCAUCGUUUUGGACAUACAUUUACUCGUCAAAAGUAAAGGCAGUUUUGUUGCAACUAUCCAAAAACACUGGACUUAAAGCUAGUAAAGAACUACAACUGAGGGGAGGAAAAAUAAUUGCAAUCAUAAAAAAUGUUAUCUGAACAACAUUUUUCAUGAAGGCAAAGGGCACUUUGCCACCAGAGAGAGGACACUUUUUGUGUUUUCUGAAAACUUGGGUGCCUUGCCCCCCCCCCCCAUUCCUACGCCCCUGGGUAGAUAUUUUUAACAUACUGAAGUUGACGAAAUUUUCUAGUUGGUACAUUGUGCGCAUAUUCAUAUAAUUAUAAAUAAAGUUUUUUGGGGAAUGCUGACUGUGAAGAAGUUUAUUAUCAUGUUGGUAUAUGAACUAUACGCGUAUAAUUUUGUCACAUAUCGCCUAUAAGGUGUUUUAUUUUUCAUUUUUUCAUUUUUUUUUAGUGUGGAUGCUCUCGAAAAAGUGUACUGUUGCUUACUGAAAACUCAUUUUGUUGCACCCAGACAACUGACCACAGUCACUAGCGUCACUAAGGCUUUAAUAGAUAAUGCCACCGCUGGUAGUAUGGAUUAUAUGACUGAUGGUAUGUCAAUUAGUGGUGAUAAUGCAUUCAAAGACCUGCUGUCCAAGGUCGUCCGCACUACGAUAAAAUUACAAAAUGAGUUGAGGGUUAUGUAUCUUCCCACUGCUCAACGAUGUCAUUAUGUGUUCACUUUGACUGACUUGACAAUGGUGUUUCGGUAAGUUCCACAUAUUAUCUUGAACGGUAUCGAUUGCGGUAACACGCGUUUUUUUUGCACUUAUUGAUGGAUUUUGUAGAGUGUUUUGAGGUUUUUUGUCUUGCUAAAUAUGCAAGUAAGAAGCGAACUGCAGCUGAUAUAUAGAAUUUAGAUUGAAGCAUUUCCUGAGAUUUUUGUGGCUGUAUAUAUAUAUAUAUAUAUAUAUAUAUAUAUAUAUAUAUAUAUAUAUAUAUAUAUAUAUAUAUAUAUAUAUAUAUAUAUAUAUAUAUAUAUAUUAUAGCUUUGGUAUAUUUGUCAUGUAUUAAAUUACAAUUAGAUAUUAUAGAAUAUCUCCUGUCUCCAAACCGCGUGAAAUAGAACUGCUUAUCUUCUUAAGCUUCCAUUCUUGCUUUUAUUCCCUCAUCGUCCGAUUAGGCAUGAUCAUGCAUGACGAUGUCCUUCGCCAUAUGACAACAGAUUCCUUUAUUGCACCUUACGCUUAGCUUCAUAAUCGUUUCCACGAAAAAUCCACAAUAUUGUCGCUGGAGCUUAUUUAAAAACUGUACACGAUCGGUGGCAUCUAGCUUCCAGUCGGAAGCAUGAUCGAAAGCUUCGAAACUCGUCUUGGAAAUUGCAAGACCUUCCGUGUUCUAGGGAAAUUUUGUCCUAUAACAGAUACUUCUUCCAUUUCAGGAACUUGUGCCUUUCACUUCGACAAAGCUGCCCAAUCAAAGACUUGUUGUUGCUAUGGAGACAUGAGUGCGACUGGGUUUAUAAUAGACGAUUGGUCGAUUCUGUGGAUCGUGAGCGUUAUCAACAGACAUUUGUUAACACAGUCAAAAAAGAAUUUUCAUCGUCUGAGCAGGUAUGUUGAAUGGAAUGGUUCAGUGUCCAGGUCAUGCCCUGCGGACUCAAUUUCCUGAAGAAAGUGUACGGGUUAGGAGGAUUUCGAAUUAAAUCACAACCAAAUUUAAGCAAUAUGGUUAGCUAAAGAGGACAAACGCCUGCUGAAUAAUCCUUUCAAAAAGGCGGAAGCAUGCAGUAAUAUUCACUAUACAACUGUCUGGAAGAACGUGUAUUUGUAUAUAAUUUGCUUGAAGUUACAUAUGCUUGCAUUCUCCUUGAAGUAUUUCAUGGUUUACCACAUAAUUAUCCACUUUCAUUUCUAACUGAAUGAUACGUUAUAAUAUGCACCUAAUUGACAUAAAUCUAGUAAAUGUAAAUUUUGAUAUAUUUUAAUUAUGAUCAGUGUCAUCAUCCCUUGCACUGCUGUGCUCGUUCUUUGUAGUUUUGCAUGGCGAUUAAUAUCAAUUGAUUUCUUCUUUGUGGAGAACAGCAAACUGCGUUCGAAAAAACCCAUCGCGUUUUAAUGUUCUUCGUCACUGUUGUCGGUCAUAACUAUUGAUUAAUAUUAAUAUUAUAAGACAAAAAUAUCUCGUUUUAUGUAACGAUGGUACAUAUUGCAGCCAGAAUUAUGCGGUUUUUCUCCCGACUAUAUCGACACUUUUUCCCGAUAAUCGAAUAUUACUCAGCCGGCUCGUGCCGCCUUUCUUGAAUAUCUUUCGUCGCUCGCGUGUUUGUGGCCUAGUUUGUUCCCGCCUACGAAACAUAUGUGGAGGAAGUAGCAAAACUUUGAUCAAAGCUUUCGUUUGUCAACUUUCGUUAAAACCCCAUUCCAACGAGUCCAACAUCGUCCAACAUUAAUAUUAUUGGUCCAACGAUGUUGGAUGACAUUGGAGAAUGUUGUGUAUAAGCGUGUUAAGUGAUCACGUGCGUAAUCGUCAAAAUUAAUGCUAUAAUGACCACUUGUCGCGUAUAAUCUUCAAAUGCUAAUGAUCACGAGUAAUAAUCGUCAAAUGCUAAUGAUCACGAGUAAUUGUCAAAUGUUGCAGAAUGUUGUAUGAAAUUUUUAAAGAAAGCCAAACCCGAUCCAACAUAUCUUCCAACAUUACCAAACAUAGUUCAAACGAAGCCACCAUGUUGCAUCCAACAAUUUUGGAUGGUGCUGGAGCAUGCAACAUAUUGGUCUCGUUCCAACGGGCCUUUAACUGUCAUGCUCAUUCAAACAUACCAUAUGUGACCCAAUGCUUGAACGCAUCGUUCUUGCUUUGAGGUGACCAAAACCUUGGCCAACGUUCGAUAUAUGUUUCUAAUUACUCGUUUCAAAUACUGUAACAUUCUGUAAAAUUACGUUUAGGUUCAAAUCAUGUUAAGUGAUGAUGUGUUGUUCACCAACUUGGUGGAAGUGGAAGAGAGUGGUAUGGCUGGGCCUGGGGAGAGUACUACAGGAGGUUGUGAUGAGAACGUCCAACUUGCAUAUCGACCACUAUAUGACGUUAAAAAGGUACGUUAAUAUUUUUAGUUCAAUUUAUCAGCACAAACAUAACAUUUCUAACAGCUCUAUACUAUAUGGGAAUUUUCAAAAAUUUAGUGGGGAUUGAAUUAGACUCGUUAUCUUUCAUCCUCACAGUCGUUUGAUUUGAGUCAUGUAACAGAAGUAAAAACCUAUAAUGCUCUUAUAGUAUCAAUAUUUGAAAAUGAGGUAUAUUAAGCGAAGCUGAAAGUUGGCUGAACUGAAGUUUCCCGUUUUGAAAUUGCUUACUUUUUUUACUAUUUUUUUAUUUUAUUAAAAUAGUAUGUGGGUCCCUUACUACUUCACUUACCUGACCAGAACAUUUCCCUAAACUUAACAUGAUUUCGCCUUUUUAGGUUAAAGCGGUGUUGAGUCAUGGUAUUGCCGAAUAUAAUAAAGACUUUCCAAAAAUCAAGUUGGCUUUGUACGAUGUAAGUUGUACGCACCUAUAUAGUUGCAUUUCCUUACUGAAACAAGCCUAAAACAGGGCAUAAAAAUCAAGAACAAUCUAUAUAGCUCAAUACAAGCUCGAAAUCUUAGGACCCGUUUACACUUGCAAUUUUUGCUGCGAUUUCUGGUGCGAUUUUCUUCUUCUGAUGCAUGUGAACGAGUAGAUGAAUUGUGAAUAUUCUGAGUAUAUUUAUCAUUAUCAGUCGUCAUCUGAACAUUCAUAGCUUAUCCACUUGUUUACAUCCAUCAGAAGAAGAAAAUUGCACCUAAAAUCGAAGCGAAAAUUACAAGUGUAAACGGGCCUUUAGUCCUUUAAGUAUAGGUAAUCAUGCGAUGGCGAGUACAAUUAGGGAUUAAUAGUACGAGUGAUGUUUGGAAAUUUUGCCAAAAUUGGACGAGCCGCCGGGGCGAGUCCAAUUUGACAAAUUUCCAAACAUCACGAGUACUAUUAAUUCAUAAUUGUACGAGCAACAUCGCAUGAUUACUUGUUUAUUAUUAGCAUGACAAAAUUGGAUACUUCUCAAUGUUAACAUCAUAUAUUCUCUCGCCAAAGCCCAUUCCUGCCAGACUUUCAACCAAAAUUUGGUGCUUUUGUCCGUAUUUUUCAUUUAGUUCUUUUGUUAAAGCAAAAUGUGGUGCUUUUGUUCGUAUUUUCAUCUAGUUCCUCUAUGGCAUUUCAUUUCACGCUUGUGUUUAAAAUACCUUUCCGCCAUUUUGUUUGUUUUGAAAAAAUCAUUAAUUGUACUGCAGUACAAUUAAUGAAAUAAUUGUACUCCUCUCAACCAAUCAGCAUCCAGUAAUUUUGUCAUGCUAAUAAUAAACUCUGUUAGCGUACUAGAUAACUUAAUUUACAGCCUACCUAUUCAGCUGACAAUCAAAUGCUCCAGAAAUUAUUGUGCGGUUGCCCCCCUCCCCAGCCCUGAUUGCAAAUGUUGGGCACACCAAUUUGAAAUCAUUUUCAGUCCAAAUGGAUCAUUUUGAGAAUAACCGUUCGAUACAAUCCGGCUUAGCAACGAUCUUUUCCUCAACCAACUUUAACAAUACCAUGAGUCGUAUGAGUUGAUAGUUUAUACGAUGAGAGCGAGUAGUGAUAUUCUUUUGUCAAACAGACGUUCACAGUAUUCAUAGAAUCACUAGUUUAGCAUUAUUUUGACACUUUGUUCAGCAAUCACCCAUGUUGCAACUUAGCCAAACUCUUUUAGAAUGUAUAUUUGAAAAAUACAUUCUAAAAGUGUUUUGCUAAGUUGCAACACGGAAUUUUGUAUGUUUUAAUUCGUUCAAAAACUUUAUGACUUUAUUAUUCUUUAUGACAUUAAAGCUAAAUGUCUCAACCACGAAAACGAGACUUUUUAUCCAAGGUGACGUACUUUCCAGAAAUGUGUAGUAUUUUGGAACAACAUUGAUGACAACUUGAGAUUUAUAUGUAUCUUUAGUUUCUUACUAAAAACGAGUACUUCUUUUCCCAAAGAGCUCAUGAAAAUAUUUUCACUCUUUUGUCCAUAAUGGAAAGUUGAAUGUUGUUCCAUCAUUUGAACGUUUUUCCAAUAAACUUAGAGAAGCAUAAUAUCCAUUGUAUAUUGUAUGAAACAAACAAAUUGUGAUUCCAAGUACCCGUGUCUGAAAAAUUGUACCGAAGAUUGUACUAAAAUUCUAUUUUCUUUCUGUUUAGGACACGAUAGAAGCAAUUUGUAGACUAGUUCGGGUGAUUCAAUCACCACAUGAAUGCAGUCAUGCUCUGAUUGUCUCUGAGGGUUCACCUGGUGCUACAUCAAGUAUAGUGAAACUGGCCGCGCAUCUUUGCGGCUUUUCACUCUGUCAAAUCAACGCAUCCAGUAUGGCAGGAACUGCAUAUUCAAUGUCAAACUUCAGAAAUUAUCUCGUUAAUGCAUAUAGAAGAGCAGGUGUCAAGGUACAACUUCUUCCAUGUUGCGUAUUUGCUGUCAAUUAGUAGACCUUGUCAUGUGCAAACGCAAUAAGUUCCUGAUCCUCUGAGUUCAUACCUACUAUAUACUACAGCAUAAAACCCUGACUAACAAAGUGUGGUCAAAGCAAUUGGAAAAAGAGAUAUGUUCAACGUUUGUAGUUUAAUCGGGAACAUUUAGACGAAAAGUGCAACAUUUGUUAUUUUAACCUGCAACCUUGCCAUCCUGUUCGACACUUAAAAUACGAAAGAACUAUUUUUUGGUAACGUGGGGAUAUUUCACUGCCACAUAUUUGGGCAUCACACGGUAUUUAAUGAGAUUUUCGAAUAUAAUAGAUAUUUAUGACAACCCAUUAUUACAUGGUGUGAUAUGGCACUAUAUGAGCUAUUAAAGUGCCUAUAUCACUUGUGGGACCUUUAUGGAUUUGAAAAGAGCGUAAAAAGUAGUUAAUAAGUUCAAAAGAUUUUUUUGAUUAAGUGCAAUAAUUUCGAAGAUACGGGCCUCUAAACUACCUGCAGUUCCUGAGUCCCAGGCUCCUAUGCACAAUGGACAGUUUGGGAAAAGGCCAUAUUCAAUAGAAAUGUUUAGAGUCCAGGAGGCUGGGACUCAGGAACAGUCCGUUGUUUAGAGGCCUGUAUCCUCUAAACUAUUGCACUAAAUCAAAAAAAUCUUUUGAACUUAUUAACUAACUUUUUACGCUCUUUUCAAAUCCAUAAAGGUCCCACAAGUGAUAUGAGCACUUUAAAUAUCUCAUAAACGGCCGGUUAUUCAAAUGCCGGUUAUCGAAAAAUGGCGAAAAAGUAAACAUUCCAACCGCUUGUUUAUAAACAAGGAAGUAUUUUUAGACAUAUCUUGUCUGGAUCGACAGAAGUUUUAUUUCCCGAAAUUUUGAAGUAAACAGACAAGCAGAAAUGCACAAACCAAAACAGCGGGUUAAAUUUUAACCCAGGGUUAGCAAUAUUCGAGCUUUGAACAACCGGUCCUUAAUUACCAAGAUUUUGCAAAUCAUAUUAACAGAAUAACAAAAGAAUGGGGGUAAAUUAUUGUAUACUAAAUUCUUCGUCUAUAGCCUCUAUUUUAUAUGUUUGAUUCGUUUGAAAUCUCUUUAUUUCAUUAAUUUUAGCGAGAAAAGCUUUUGUUGUUGCUGGGCGAGAACGACCUGGUAAACAAAGACAUGAUGGUAUAUAUAAGUGAAUUUCUUGUGUCCUCCUCUAUUGCGCACUUAUUCUCUGAAGAAGAGCGUACGUCGGCAAUAAACUCAGUAAGAUCAGACGUCACACAGGCUGGAUUAACAUACACCAAGGAUGUAGCAUGGAGUUUCUUCUUACGGUAAAACAUUAUUUGUUUUUUUCUUUCUGCUUAUUAGAAUAUUGCCGUCGGUUAAAUGGACAGGUUGCCAAAGUUCUGAAAGUUAUACUGUAAUGGCAAUUUUGUUACACAUUUUCGUAUAGUUUAAACAUCGGUGAAUACAAUAAGUGCAAAACUAGUGCUAUUUAUAAGCUGUUAAUGCGACUUUUCAAACCGAUUUUGCAAAAAGUUAAAAUAGGUUUUAGUUUUCAUGCAGCUUGCCGACUUGCCAGCUUGAACUUUAAGACUUUAAGAUGAAUUGAAGACGUCUGUAGGUUGGAGAGGCACUUCAUCUUAGGGGCACUUCUUCUAUUAGAAAAGUGCAUUACUGUAUUCCCAUUGUUUAGGCUUAGGAAAAGGACACAUUGAGGGAAACUUGGGGCCACAUUCCCCAAUGUGGGUCCGGUUCGUACGACCUACGACUAUAUACUAUGUUACGUCAUGAUUAUUGCGUAAACUCUCCACCAAUUUUGGACUAAUUCCUGGAUAUAUAUUAAGAAUUAAGAAAAAGACAUAUCGAUAGUCCGUAUACACGCACUUAGAAUAAAAGGUUGAACUUUUCAGAAUCUGGACUAUUAGGUUGCUACGGCAUACGAAUAGAAGAGUUCUCCAAUAAUAUGCUAAUUUAUGAACUGUAAUUAUAUAAAUUAGGGAACUUAAAUUUAUUUCAAUUUUCAGGACUGUAAAGGAGAACUUGAGAAUGAUUCUCUCUGUUUCAUCGCCUGGAUCAAAGUUUCAACAGAGAUGUAGAGAUUUUCCCGGACUAAUUAAUGCCAUUUCCAUCAUGUUCUUCCCUCAUUGGUCAAGAGAAAAUUUGGUAUCACGGGCAAGUUACUUGUUGCGAGGUAAAUCUUCCAUGUAGUAUCCAUGGCAGCAUGCAUUGGUCUAAAGUCACAACUUCUUUUACAAUCAAAAUACAAGAACCUUCUCACAUCCGCUUCUGUAAUCUGUUGCAAUUCUCUGUAAAUUGUUCUGUUUUUCUGUAGCGCGGUUCCCAAAUUAUGAGCAAAUAUGGCGACAAAAUUUAAUUUUCUUUUACAUGAUAAUUUUUUUACAUGAUAAUUUGCAGGCUCCAUUUUUCAUUAGAUUCACUGGCACUGCAUUGUAACACAUAAAAGGUGCGGGAUUCAAGGUAACCGUUACUGUAAUAAUACGCAACAAAUUACAGAAAAUGUCAACAGACUAGAGAAGCGGAAAUGGGAAGGUUCUUGUAUUUUGACUGUAUACAGCGUCGUGUUUUUUUUCAGGUAGUUGCAUACCUAUACCAACGAAUGCUUGUUCACGUUAAUUUAUCAGUCUAUUACUAAGUAAAGGGUCUUACUCAUCAUCUAACUCAUCUCCUUUUUAUCUAACUUAAAGUUUGUAACACUCCUUGGUUAUGUGAAAUCUCUUUUAGAUAUGGAAUUAUUUGAUAUUACUGGCAAAGAAAAUAUGGCACAUCUCUUUGCCUCUAUUCAUUUGUCACUGAGAGAGCAUGAUCCGAGCGAGGAUACAAGCGGCUUUUACGGACAUAUCACCAAUACAGUAUUCGAGAAGUUCGUGGAGCGGUAAGGAAUACUUUCACAGAUUUUUCAAUAUUUGAACGAUUGGUCACCUUGGCUAUAAAGUCUCGCAGUGUUACUAAACCUAUUAAAACGAGUCUUGAUUUAAGCGACUUGAAUGCCAUGGUACUGAACUUAAUAUAUUGCAUGAAAUUUAAGCCAAAAAAUUUUAAGAGCUACGAUUUCCAGCAACAAAAGAUGGUCAUAUGGAGGCAACCUAAAUUCGACACCUCCCCCCCGCCAUAAUAUUUCGCGGCGAAGUGUCCGCCACUGUAUCUUCGCCGUGCAAUUUAUAAUAUCCUGAACCAGUAUAUUAUAGUGGGUAACACCCAAUUUAUAAUAUCCUGAACCAGUAUAUUAUAGGUAACACCCAGUCAUUUCCUAGCCAUCACCAGGUUUCAAAUAUUUGUGGGGAUGUCACACAAUCCCAGAAUGAAUCAUAUCAUUCUGCGCCAAUAUUUUUGUCCACAUGACUUUUUAUACUUCUUAGAUUUAAUAACUUAUUCACGAAACGAUACAUAUCCAUCCAUGAAGAAUAUGGACGUAUGGCUUCCGCUUUAGAAAAUAUAUCAAAGGCAGCAGAACUGGCUGGUCAGCGGCUGAAACAGCUCGAACAUGAAAAAGUUGUCUUAGAUCAGAAAAAGGAGGUACAUGCGAUGUUCAGAUUUAAUGCCACAUGGAAGCACUAUUGCUUGUUGUGUUUAAUGAAAACCUGGAAAAGUUACCAUUAUUUUUUUCAAAUUGCACGAGAUUUCAUCGUUGUGUCAUAAGACACAGAAUAUGAUUAUAAGAUAAAGACAAUCUUUUUAUCAAAUGUUUUUUUUAAGUAGAUAACGGUUUUAACCAGAAAACGGUUUCCUUCAUAAUAAUUAUUUUGUUUCAAUUUGAAAAAUUGCAAGGUUUUUUACCGAAUGAGUUUUUUAACACUGAAUUACAUUUUGUAUUUCAAUAAAAUUACGAUAAUUUCGGCCAACUUGAAUUAAAAACGAAAUCUAGAUGUUUACCAAAACGUUCAUUUAGUCAAAUGUAUAUCGGCUAUUUUAAAUCUACGCGCAUCUAAUAUUUCAAUAAUUUAGAAAUUAGCACUGCAGUCCGUCUUCAUUUAUACUUGAAUGUGCACAUUUCUACCUAUGCGCAGGAUUCCCCACUCACAUGUUCAUGUUGUUACUUUUCGAAAAUUGUACAAUGUGUGUACUUGCUGUCAAACGCCAUGUGUACUGCUGUGCAUUUUUCUUUGACUUUGUUCUCGCUUUUUUUUCUUCCUGCUGACAACAAUUGUUUUUAACUGUUUUAGAGUAAUCUUCAGCUUUUAUCUCAAAUUGGUCAGGUAUGUGAUCUUAUAUGUUAGAUAUAUUUGCAUUUUCCAAAAUAGAUUAAGCAGUGUGAAUUAUAGCUGUAUUCCACGCCAACUGAGAAAGCUGAAUUUCCUUCAAAAUGGUGGGAGAUAUUUUUGGCGAAACAGUAGUUUUCGUUAAUAAUUGAUCAGUUUUUUAUUUGAACCUCCUCAGGACAAGGCGAUUGCGGAAGAGCAGAUUAAGUUGAUUACGAAGCAACGUCAAAAGAUGUUUCAUUUGCAGAAGGUAAGUUGGCGUGCGAAGAUAUUUCAUUUUAUGGAAGUUCAUUCCUUGAGUUAGAUCGCAUGGGCAUUCUCUGACAAAAGGCCUUCGUUCGAAACGUCCGAAUGGUUUUCGAAAACUAGUACCCAGUAAUUUACACCGCCGGGCUCACCCGAAAACCGCUUUUAAAUAUUUUCGUUAGGACUCGGAUUCCAUUAGUUGAAUCACACAAAACGAAGAAACAGAAUUCACAAAUUUUAUAAUUUAGCCAGUUAUAUGAAAAGUGGUUGAAGUUUACUAUGAUUAGUGUGCCGUUUAGUGAACCAGUCAGAAUCAUUUAGUUUAUAUAGAGUUGUUCUAAUUUCAAUUAUAGACUACCUAAUGGUUUAAUAAUUUGAUGCAAUUGCCUCCUGAUAAGAUAGUUGGCCAAAUAUAAUUCUUUAUCUUUCUCGAUCUCUCUUUAUAGGCAUUGCCUAAGUUUAAAGAGGCUCAUGAACGUUCGGUUUUCAAAGCAGCUGCUGUUGUGUCAGACGUCAAGCGUAUGCUACGCCUGCUGAAUAUUAAGGCACUUGGAGAGCUUCGGGCGAUACAAAAACCUGACCCAGAAAUUGAAGAUAUUUUGGCAACUGUCAUUAUAAUACGUAAGCUUUGAGUUUAAAAAGUUUAAAUCUGCUAUUAUUGCAAUAUAUAAAGUAGUCUGUUUUACAAAACCUUAUUAUACAGUUUAUUUUCAUCUGACAAUUACCUUUUUACUUUACUUUACAAUCCACUUUGUUACGCUAUAUCACAUUAGAAUAGAUGAUACAUCACUUUCCUCCGCAGAGUCUAUGAAACUAUUUAUUAAUAAUGGUAUUAAACUCAGAUAUUGUAGUGGUAACGUAGGGAUAGUAGGGGACAUUCACGCGAUUUGACCAACAAAUACAAUACGUAAUUUGUAUGCCUAGUGGUAUUACGUAAUUUGACUAAACAUUCGUAAGGCUCUGCGAAGGUGAGUGCAUGCAUAUUUCAAAUUUCCAUCUUCUUUAUCAUCGUGAUACUGUAGCUAUAUUUUCUGUCAUAUUUUCGUAUUUUCUAUUCCAGUUAAAUCUCCAACAUCUGACCUAACUUGGAACAAAGGUGCAAAACGAAUAAUGGCGAAUUUGGACAGGUUAAUGCUUCAAUUAUGUUCAUUUGUUACCAACACUACAAGAUAAUAUUUUGGCAACACCGUUUUGUUUCGCGCGCGGACGUAUACGUUCGGACUGUUAUGGACAAGGCAAUUGUCUCCUUGCAUGACCACACGUUGGAAACCACGUAUUUCUUUGUUUAGAUUUUGUGGUGAUCUCGCUAUGUUUGACGACCUGGAUAUAACAGAAAGCACGUUACAAAUACUGGAUACAUAUUUGGGCAAGCCACACUUUGAUCAUGUAUAUAUGAAUAACAGAACUGAAAACCCAGCUCUGGUCAUGUUGGUUAAGUGGGUUUCUGGGGUCUCAAAGUAAGUAAGCAACUGUUGUUCAUGCAAUGGUAAUUUUUCGUUAUAUACCAUUCAUUCCAUACAUUUCAUUUUGUCAUACAUUUCAUUUUUUCAUUUUAUUUCCAUACAUUUCAUUUUGUCCGACCUUAUUCCUGUCGAGGUUUCCUCUGUUGCUUGCGGUUUGGUUUCCGACGUAUAAUAAAUUUUCUUUGGCCUGGUGAAACAGUUUUUAAUUAGGUUUUUGUGUGCAGGGCACCCAAUGACCGGCUGUUUAUCAAAAGUUCAAGUAAAGAAUGAUUCAAAUAAAUAGUUGUCGUACAGUACUUCUGAAGUAUAGCAAUUUAAGAUACCGACUGCGAACAAACGAUUAUGUUCUGACGACCUGUUGUAUAUAUCCGUCGUUGAAUACAUUGUGCAUAGUGUCCUAAAAAUGCGCCCCUCCCGCCCCAUUACUGUAUUUUGAGGUACUGUCACAUUAAUUAACGUCAUGAUAUUUUAAGUUGUUUUUCUGGAGUGAAAACCAUAUCAAAUUACUUAAAAUGGCACCACCAAUAUUCAUACUUUGUUUCAUCAAAACAUCAAAGUUAUUUUAAAAGUUAUUUUACCCAAUAUAAAAACCUACAACUUAUACAAAUCAAAGCUACAGCGGACCAUUAGAAAAAUGAUGGGGGAGGGGUUGGAUUUUGCGGAAGUUUAAAGGUAUUUUUUUAUGCUUUCCUCUUUUCUUUUGUUUUCCUUUGCGCGAAAUGUCCCCCCCCCCCCCUCCAUCACGUCUCUAAUGGUCCACCCGUUAUCAGACACGGACAUUCUUUGGGACAUCCAAUUAUGGUGCAGUUACAAUAAUUAUUAUUCACAUUCAAUUCUCUUAGGUAUCACCAAAUGAUGAUAUCCAAAGUUAAACCACUUCACAACAAGGUGGAAGACACAACAACAACCGUAAACGAAGCCUCUGGUAAACUGGCUAUUUUACAAAAUAAACUGGAAGAUCUGGAGGCACGGCUUAGUUCACUGGCAAAGGCGUAUGAGGACGCAUCCAUAGAUAAGUGUCGACAGUUCAAACUUACUCAGAAGUUGAACCUACAGCUAGAGCGUGCUAGCUAUUUUGAAAACGUAAGAAUGGUAUUAUCAGUUUAUAAACACACCCGAAUAAAUGUUCUAUCUUGAAACUCAAGAGGCAAUUUUUAUUACCAGUCUGUUUUAUCAUUUCUUUCAAGCUUAGCUCUAUGCUAAUCUUUUUACAAACGCAAAAAAUGUAAAAAAACAUCUCCCUCGUAUUGCAUGAAAAUCCAACAUUUAAAAAUGUUAACUUCGCCCUUUUCUAUUGUUAUAUUAUUAGUAAGUAUUGCAGGUUUUACAUUAUAUCAAAUCCCAAUCGUUAUUCAGGUCAGCCAGUAGUAGAGCUGUGCGCCGGAGUGCUGGAGCCGGAGCUCCGGCAUAUUUUGCCGGAGCCGAAGUUGGAAAACUCCGGCAAAAACUCCGGCAGACAAAAUUAUUAAAAAUUAUUUCAUAUUUCAAUAAACAUUUGGUAUUAAAUGGAAAAAUUAAGUUGGGCUAGUAUUCCAAAGGUCGUAGGUUCGAUUCCCACCGUGGUCAGGCAUAUUUUUCAAGCUUACCCGGUGUGGAUAUACACUCAGAGUAACAUCACAAGCAUCAAAAUUAAGUUGUUGUUUACUAAUAUAUUACUAUUUAUAUGUUGUUUUACUAUAUAUAUCACUAUGUUUACUAUUAAUAGUGUUGUAAAAAGGUGUUUAAAAGAGAUAAAUUCUGAAAUUACACUGAAAUACUUUCGCCUGCUUCCACUUUUAAAUAUGAAAUUUCAUUAAAAAUUUCUUGCCGUAGUUUUGACUGCCGGAGCCGGACCUAAAAUAACCGGAGUUUGCACAGCUCUAACCAGUAGUGAGUCAAGGAGGAGGACUGGUAUAGGUUAUUUACAACCGCUAAACUGCAUGUUUAUUACUAUUUGUAUAGGUACUAUCAAAAGCUCGUGAAAAGUGGACCCAGUUUCUUCAAACAAUCAGCAAUCGUGAAGCAGCUAUUGCCGGUGCUGUCUGCAUGGCCGCAGCUUUUGCUACGUACCUUGGCCCAUAUAAGCACUCUUUUAGACGUGAGAUGUUGACAGUUCAUUGGCCAGAAUGUUUACAAGAACGCGGUGUACCACUUUUGUUGGAGGAUGCACCACACACAGUGAUUGAUACAGAUUACAAAGAGGACAUCGCUGAACAAGACACUGAGGUCAGUUUCAAGCAGCUAUAUAGUAUUUGGCUGUAUAGGUAACAAUAGCUAAUGUGUACUUUAUAUAGACCCUUACAUAGGUGGAUGAUUUUGAUUGAUACAGAAAUGAGGCAUACGUCAGAAUUUACUGUAAUAAAAUUAUAUCAAUUUUCACUGUAUAAUUUGGGCCAUGAUUGAAAACUGACAUAAUAAGACUACAAGGUUUGAUCAACAACAUUUCUGUUCCUCUCAUGUUAUAUAUAUUAUAUUACUCUAGUUGUCUGAUAACGAAGAAAUGGAUCAAUCAAAACAUACGUUAAGUGUUGAAGAAGAAACUCAUUCUGAUGGUGAAGAAAAGGUGUUAAGUUAUGAAAGGGUGAAAUCUCCCGAAGAUGCGCACUCCCUUGAACUUGAAUCUUCAGAUCUUCAGAGUCAUGCAGAUGAAGAACAGCAAGCCGACCAAGACGAUGUUGCAAGUAUGACUGAAAAGACGAGACGUACAUCGAGCGGAAUUCUAUCAUUAAGUUCGCCCAAAUACGACGCCUACCUCCUUUCACUGAUAAAAAAUCUGGUCGGCGAUCAUCAAGUACGGCAGUGGUUAAAUUUGGGCAUGGGAAUGCGCGUGAUGGAGAAUGCAAGCAUCAGUAUGGCCUCGUGGCAGCGCCCACCGUUCUUAAUUGAUCCGCAUGGCAGAGGCCUGGAACUAAUUAGGCGAAUGGAAAAGCACGAAAAAGUUGUGGAGAUCGAUGUUGGUGAUGGGUAAGCAAUACUUAGUGAGAUCCAUAAAUUAUAACGAAGUAUCAUCAGGUACCUGAAUGAAAAGUGAAGCCAAAGACUGUGGACAUUUGAUGUUAGUCAACGUUACCGAAUACGUCCGCACGGGCGAGUAGGGGAAUGAAACUGACAUCCAACACCAGUUUUGGGUUAUUAUAGUACCAGAUCCUAUAAGGUAGUACUGACCCAAGAAUUCUCUGCCGCCAAAGAUGUUCACGCCUGAAAAACUGUGAAAGUGCCUAGCAUUACCGUUUUUCGUCCGAACAACCAAUUACAAUAUUUUAAUUUAGUUACCUAUUCGUAACAUAAACAACAGGUGAAUUUAACUAUCACUGUUAGUUGAUUUGACGAAAUUACAAUACAUGCACACAUGACCACGGAGGAUCAUAUUUUUGUAAAAUCCUGGAUUGGCAUAUAGAUAAUAGCUUUUAUAACUUGUUCGAUUUUCAUCGUUGUUUGCAUUCUAUUAAAUGUGGUGUUGCAUUUAAAUUAGUUGUCCGUUAAAUUUCUUUAAUGUCCAAACGGACUUCCUUUUAGUAUUAAAACCUUCAGUCAUUAAGUAAAGCUCUUUGGACCUUUGAUAUUAGACGACUUACUGACCAAGGUAUAGUUUUGUAAUCCGCGGUGCUAUGUGGUAAUGUGGUUACUGGAGCUAUUAAACCAACUUUGUUUUCUUUAUUUUGCUACCAUGUAGUAUAUCAGCAUCCUUAUUCAGUUUCAUCCAAAUUAGUUAAUUUUAUUUAUUUUAGUGAUGUAACAUCGUUAAUGCACAUUGAAAAGGCCAUUACAUCAGGAAGUGUCUUAGUUCUACAUAACGUGAAUGAACAUGUAGAUUCCAUUUUCCUACCGCUGAUAUAUCGCAUAAAUACUAACACGAAAGACGGUAUAUGUGAUGGUAAGUAUGUACUGAUUCUAGCAUGGGUAAUACAGAUUUGAUAUUUAUCAUGGGUUCAUGCUUCACAAUCAAUUUAUCUUAUUCGUAAAAGUAAGUACAAGAAUAGAGAUAGUAUAGUUUCAUGGAACAAGUAUUAUCAUCUUGUAACAAGAUUGAUGAGGCUAACAGUCCCGCACUAGUUGUUCCAAUAAGUCUGAUAUUGUCGGCACGUAACAUGUUGUUAACAAGUUGAUGAUAACAACAAGCUCGUAGCAACUUGUUUCGAACAGCCUGUAUUAGUCUUGUUCGAACAACUUGCAGCAAGUCUGUUACCGUCAUCAACCUUGUAAUAACCUGAUAACAACUUAUUCCAGACAACAACUGGGAACAAGCAGUGCGAACACAUCCUGACAUCGGCUUGACAACAACCUUUGUUACAACUUAAAUUGUUUGCAGAUCUGAAACAAUUUGCGCGUUUUUACCUAUAUCAAAGAAAGGAGUUUAAUCGUAUGUACAGCAGUUUCACUUUCCUUAAACAACGAGUAAAGAAUCUGAGAGUGAAUAAAAGUCUAAAAUCGUCAACCUUCGGAGCUCUUAAUAGCUCGUACACUCCAUAACAGUUAUAUAGGUUUCAAAGAAUGUAAAAAACUCGAAAUUCGAUCUACAAAAUUCUUUCACCAGUUCUUUCGAGUGAGAUGCCCGAAAUCCUGAUAUCUUUCUGCAGAGUUUAAUCUAGAUAGUAUAAGCGUUUAUUUAAAUUUAUAUACGUUUGAUUCAAUCUAAUGAAAGCCAUAGCUGGAAAGAGCAUCUUAAAAUGAGUCGGGGUCGUUGUUUAAACACGGGGCAUCUAAUGGAGCCAUAGCUGGAAAGAGCAUCUUAAAAUGAGUAAAAGUGCAACGUUGGGUUGCGAGGAAAAUAUAGCCCUGUGAAGUUAGCAAAUUUUGUAUAUAUUUGCAUUACGCGCGGGAAAAUAACCAUUUUUGAGCCGAAAGUGGUUAUUUUUACCAAUCUUUGCAGUUUUUUACUCAUUCUAAGACGCUUUUUCUAGCUGUAGUGUUGGAUUUCGCCCUUAUUGCCUUGAUAAAAAUUUAGUCUAUAGCCGCUGGAAUCACCCAUUAUAUCGCUCAUAGCAUUCAUGGGGAAUGUAGGCGAGAAGUAAAAUUAUAAUAAUGACUAUAAUAAUAUUAUAGACGAGUCAAUAAUUAGUUGUAAUAAUUAAUUGUGUGUUUAAUAAUUAAAUGUGUGUUUUCUUUUUCCAGGUUAGGAUUAGGGUUACAGUUGGUACAUAUUUGUGUCCUAUCAUAGAAAACCACUAUCUUUUUAGGGGCCAUUCACAAAGGAUGUCCGACCAAAUGAUGAAUUUUCAGACCCCUCCCCCCUUGUCCGGCAUUGUCUGAAUUAGUGGACCCCCCUCCCCCCGGACAUCCGCCAUGCCUCGCAAAAACUCACGCAACCUUGUAUAUGUCAAGAGUAAAAAACUUUUUUUUUACUUUAGAACUUUUUUAUAACUAUAAAUGUGAAUACAAAAACAUAUAAAUUAUUAUAAAUUAAUACAAAAUUUAGUAUUAACCGCAUAGUCCUUAUAUAUAAAAGAAUCACAGGUAAGAUUACAUUUAUAAUUUUUUUUAAAUUUCGGACAUCCAGAUUGCUAAAAAAAACCCUCCCCCCUAUUUCCGAGUUUGUCCUGAUUUUCCAAACCCCUCUCCCCCCUCGGCUCGGACAUCCUUUGUGAAUGGCCCCUUACUGAUUCUAGAGCUUGGAGCAUUGCUUUGAUAUAAAAUAUAAUAAUUACUUUCCCUAACAUGAAUAUUGACACGAAAUUUAAUUUUUAAAAAAUUGCUUCGACUCCUACAUUUCUCUAUCUAGAUCUCCAGUCAGUUAACUGCGGUGGACGCCGACUCAGUUGUCAUCCAAGUUUUAAACUCUACCUGCUGACUAGUUCCCAUACCAUCUCAUUCACGCCAGAAAUAGGGUCAAUCACAACACUGGUUAACUUCACCCUGGAGAACGAGAGUUUUGCCGAAGAGAUAUUGUCUUUGUCGUUGUCACGUGUUCAACCUGAGAUAUCACAGGAGAGUAAGAAGACGAUGAAUGCUCUGAUGGAAAAUCUUGUCAUCUUAGGAGACUUGGAUAGUAAGAUCAUAACAAGGUUAAGUCAUCGUCAAGGGACAAAUGUCUGGGAUGAUACUGAACUUAUUGCCGAUAUGGUCCAGUGUAGGGCUCAGGUAUGUUAUUUUUCUAAACCGUAAUGCUUGUGAAGUCCUAUAGGAUCGAGUUCUAAUGAAUUUUUCAUAGUUCAGACUUCAGUGCUACCACAGUAUCUGCAUCGUCAGUCUCUAACAACGGUUUUAGCUGAAAUCUUGUUCUCCUAUUCGAAAGCGAAGGGUUGAGUGUUGGGGACACUUUGUACAAAGGCCGGGGAAGAGGUUAUAUCCACCGACCUUUGAGUUUUUGGAUCUAGCUUUCGUAGAUGUAGUGUUUGUAGAUGUAGCGUUUUUGAAUGUAGCGUUUGUAGAUGUAGCGCUUUUGGAUAUAUUGUGAGCAUCGAAUCCCUACUCUAACGAUCUUCAUUGUCCGGUGGAUAACGUACUUCAAGUUCAUCUUAUCAUUAUACGCGCACACCCGAUAAUCUUUAUAUACAUGAAACUACGGUUAGAGCUCAACAACUGGACUCUGUAGCUCAGUUGGUUAGAGCGCUGCACCGGAAUUGCAGGGCCGCAGGUUCGAUUCCUGCCCGUAUAUAGUAUAUACUCACUUGGGUUAUGCCCCAAACCCAGCAUUCGAUAACGUACUUAAUCUAUCCGUACUAACAUGCGCCUGCUCUCUUUCCAGUCCCACAACAGGAUCAGAUUUUCGCCAAAUAUGUUAGGGAAAUAUUUUAUAAUCUCGCGUUUUUGACCUAAUUAUAUUCUUUCUAUGUUACUGUAUUUCUUUAGAUAACAAAGCGUCUUGAGAACGCGGUGCGGCACCUUGAUAAGGUUGGCCGACUGAAGCAGAAAUACGCACCAUUCUCGCAACUCGUCACUGUCUUAUUCAAUGCAAUAAAUUCAUUAUCAGCCCUCCAACAUGAGUACCGUUUUUCCAUCGACUACUUCUUAAAGCUGUUUGAUAUAGCUCUGUGUAAAGUGAUUCCAACUACUGAGGUUAUUACAGAUACAGACGAGUCUGUGGACGAGAAAGAGAAUGAUACUUUGUCAAGGAACAUUAUGAUUCAAGUUGUAGAUGAAGAAGGAAAUGCUACUCAGCACAAAUGGAUCGAUGGUGAGCCUUAUCAAUUAUUACUUUAUAUAGAAGGUCAAAUCCAAACGUGGCCCUUUUGUGUUGUUAUUUGACAGCGGGUGCAUUUGCAACUGCGCAAUUUCUAUUUUUCAUCCAGUAUCGUUCUUUUGUAACAUAUGUACGAUACAAUAAAGUUUUCUUAUUUAGUAAUAACACAAAGUAAUCAAUUUGUUCUAUAAUUUUUUACUCGUUUAACCAGAAUCUUUCUUUGGACUUCGUAGAAUACUUUGGACUUCGUAGACUACCUACUCUGAAUUUUUCAUUACUAUUUUCCCAAAUGAAGGUGUUUCAGUAUAUAUUAUGGCAGUUUUUUACAGUGAUAACAAUAAUGGAUCACGUAAUAUUAGUUACUGUACCCUAUCUUCUGCACUGUCUGGUCUGUAUGAGGCAUUCGCGGUUACUGAUGUCAAUAGAGUUCAAUAACCAUCUGUUAAAGGACAUUGGCAGUGAAAAUUUAGUUUGUAUCAUCGGAGGGCGCUUUAAAAUUAAUUAUAAUGUCUUGAUGUCUUGCUUGAUUCUUGAAAUAUUUGGAUUGAAAACAAUGAGCAGCUUGUCAUCUUGGAUUAUUCGAAAUAUGCAUAUGUUACGUCAAAUUGGGGUCACGCAUAUUUUUUAUCUUGACAGCCAAUGUCCAAUAUGAGCCCAAAACUCGUUUUUGGUUGCUAUUUCGGAAUUGGUUAGGAGCAUUUUGAACAACUUCUGAUUUUACUCGAUCAAGGUUAACACCACCCUUGAUGUGAUCAAAAUCAUAUGUAGUUAAUAAGGUGAAGAGUUAAUCGAAGAUGGUUAAAAUAUUGUGGUUUCAGUUAAAAUAUUCCAACUGCAACAAGAUUUAAUACGUAAUUUUGAACGUUCUUGUUUUUUAACUUUUACAUUUCCUGUCAGUUAAUUGUAUGAUUUAUGAAAUAAGUUUGUUGGAUUUGUAGGUGAUAAAGACAGCGAAAAUAUUCAAGGUCGGAAUGCUUCAGUAAUUUUACCUCCCGAAGUGGAACUUCCCACACCAAACAUUGCAUACGAAGAAAUUUCAGAUGACGUCAUCGGUCAACUGAUUGAUGAACUUACAAAGGGUGUUUUUGAAAGCCUAUUCAGGUAAUGAAAUUAUCUUUUUAUACUCUAACAAUCAUUCGUUCGCUUAAAUUUUUAAGUUGUUACAUUCUCUUGUUUAAUAAUCUUGGCCCAUCGUAUUUUUAUUGAAUUAAUCAUUGUUUUCACAUCCUACACGAUGGAAAAAUAUUCAGAUACCGCUCGCACUAUUCAAGUUUUAAGAAACAUUGCAUUCCUUCACCACUUAAUUAUCUUUACGGUAUUUUGUGAUUGUAGAUUGUAAUUUGUGGUAGGUUGGUGUAAAUUCUAAAUUGUUCAAUGUGUUUUUAGGAGUAUAUACAGCCAUCAUCGUCUCACAUUUGGUGCACUGUUAUCUUCUGUGAUCCAUCAACAUACUACACAUGACGAUGAUUUUGACAAACGCAUAGAAUACCUAAUUACUGGUGGUAAGUGGCGGUUCGAUGUGUUUCUGUGUGCUCUAGGAUGUCGAGAGUCCUUGGAGUUCCGGAAACAAAUCUUGACUCCGUCCUUGAAUGUCCUUAAAACCCUGGGCUUUCCUUCCAGCGAUCGAGAUAACAUCAUGUUUUAUCUGAAUAAGUAUAUUAUUUGUCAUCUCAAGGGCAUGAAAAUUAUGUGUCACGCGCGUGCUUUCCAUUUUAUUAGCGUUUAACAAUUCGAAUGGCACGUAUAAUUGAAACUACAGUACAGUGUAAUAAAAAUAAAUUACCCAUAAAUCGCGUUUGUUACUUCUUCAUUUUUAGGGUUAGUCGGAACUGAUCAUCUCACUCUAGCAGACUUUGAUCCGACUCUUCUCACCCCGUCUUGGGUACCACCUGACCGCUGGCAGAGCUUACUCAGUUUGUCCACUUUACCUGGUCCGUUAGAAGGAUUGUGCACAAAGGUUUCCAGCGACCCAAAAUGGCAAGAGUGGUACUAUCACGAACGUCCGGAAAGCUUACCUCUUCCUGGUAUUGAUCAGGAGGAAGAAGAUCAUCAGGAGAACGAAGUUGGUGAAGACGAACAAACACAGAAUACGAUGACCGAUUUUCAUGGUUUAUUAAUUUUGCGUUGUCUACGCCCUGACAGAAUUACUUCAGCAAUGAGGGAAUACGUUGGGGAAAUUUUGGAUAAUCUACAGGCGCAAAUUUAUCUUUCACUCCCUGAGAUAUUGAAACAAAUCGAGCACUCUAUUCCUAUUUUGAUUCUCCUGCCUGAUAAUUCCUUCCGCGAGAUGUCAACGGAUUCACCGGCGAAAGCUAUACUUCAGCUUGCAGAGGUACAGUAGACGCUAUCGUUAAUAUUGGUUUAUCAUCAUUACUUUGGUUACGGUGCCCCGCGCACGUUUGAAUCGAAGGGACUUAUUGAUUAUUAUACAUUACACUUAUAAUUUAACUGCUAUAAUUGUGAAUGGGAAAACGAGAAAUCAUUACAUGUAAGCUAACAACUAUGAGCUUCCAGUGCACGAAUUGACAAUAAAUGGAAUGUGAAAGAGGAGCGUGACUUUCUUCCUCUAACAAUGGGAAGGGGGCCGGGCUUAUUAGAGAAGGGAUGGAUUAUUUGUUAUUAAUUGAGAUUGAGGCGUGAUAAAGAAUUAACGCUAUCUCAAAACCAUUGGACGUAACCCUGAAUAGCAAUGUAGAUUAUGUGGCAUGUGCAACUGGUAUGGAUGUAUUUCAAUGACCCUUUUUAUUUGCACUCACGGCACUCCGGGGUACGGAACAAACAGACUAGCUUAUCCAAGUACUAUACUGUACGCUCGAUUAAACGCAACCUUUUUCUAUAUUUUAGAAAGAAAAUAUACCUUGUCAGCGACUGAUCGUUGCUAGUGGUCAUGAAAAUACAAGUGACAUCGCACUUGCAACAGCCGUUCGUUCUGACAGCUGGGUUAUCAUUGAAAAUAUCCAUUUUGCAAGUUCUGCUUGGCUAAGGCAGCUCUAUAUCCGUUUGGAAAGGUUACGCUCUCAAGCAGGUAUACGACGUUAUUUGAGUACACCAGCAACGUUUUGUCAUGAGUGAAGCAUAGAAAACGAUUUACUUUUCCGUGUUAUCGUAAACGUGGAAUCUAAAAAGUUUGACAGCUUUGAAAUUGACACUAACUAAAUGCUUGUCGCCGUAUUAAAGAUGCAUGAAUAUAUAAUUAACCAUAUUUUAUCGUUGAAACAUAUAAAAGUUGGAACUACUAGUCUUUUAAAAUGCUACUGUAUCUCCUUUUCGGGCAAAUCAGACUGCAGCUUAUAGGAGAUGGUCAUUGUCACGUGAAAUUUAGUAAUAAAGUUUUACACUGUGCGACGGGAUAGAUUUUAUCUUAUGAUCAUUUAGUCUCCUAAACCCAGGGUUCCCAACAGAGUUGCAAAAAGUGUUCAACAAUAUUCAAGUCUUCAAAUCUUCCUCAAAAUAAUGUGAAUUAUGGCUUUUUCAAACCAAACUUGUGCUGUGCGCCGGAGCCGGAGUUUUGGCCUAUUGUGCCGGUUUGUUCAACUCCGGCAGCACUUACACUACAAACUACUGUCGGACAUCGGCGAAAAAGCAUGAUAUGCAGCAUGACAUUUAAAAAAAAAAGCAUGAUUUUCAAAAAGCAUGAAAAAAGCAUGAUUUGCAGCAAGAUAUUUCGAACUUGAACAAUUGGAGUCAUAACUACUGUAACAUGAAAUUUAACGCCUCCAAGUGUAUUAACAAUAACUCGAAAGAAAUCAUCUGUAAUUACUGACUAUCACCAAGAACAAGAUCUGGGAAUUAUUGUCAAAAGCAACUUAUCCUGGGAUUCUCACAUUUUCUCAAUCGUCAGUAAAACCAACAAGAUGCUUGGUAUCUUAAAGAGAACUUGUCCCCUGAUUAGAGACACUAAAGUUAGGCGAACACUAUAUCCGACUUUGGUAAAACCAAAGUUGUGCUACGCAACGGAGGUGUGGUCCCCAGCUAAUGUGAAGCUACAAGUUGCAUUAGAAAGAGUUCAAAGGCGCGCUAAAGUAAAGUUGGAGAAAUGUCUUAUGAAGAUAGACUGAAAACUCUCAAUUUAUUGCCACUAACUUACGAUCGAGAAAUCAGAGAUCUUGUUCUGGUCUAUAAAUGUAUUUUCGGCCACACUGAUUUGAACAUUGAACAUUUUGUGUUAUUUAUACAUCAUAAUCGAACUCGUACUCAGAAUCCAUCUCUAAUGUUAAAAUCUCCUUACUGUAGAACAUCCACUUUCCAAGGAUCGUUCUUUGACCGAUUAGUUAAAACUUGGAAUAAUGUUGGAAAAAUAGCCUCUCCUGAAAAGUUCCCAGUUUAACAAUUUUUAAAAGCUUUCUGCAUGUGACGUACACCGCGUUGGUCAACAGUACUUUUAAUGUUGAUAUGGCAUGCACUUGGUCGCUCACAAGAGACUGCCCCUGCCACCGUUCUUAAUAUGCAUGUUAUGUAAUAUAUAUUUGUAUAGUAAAUUAGGUUGGGUUUUUUUUUCCUCUUUUUUUUUGGAGGGGGUGCGCCUAGCAUGGGUCUCGUUGUCCCGUUUGCGCUAUCCCCUUUGGACUUAAACUUGUAAAUGUUUCUACUAUAUUUGUCCAAUAAAGCUGAUAAAUUAAAUUAAAAUUAAAUUAAUUAAAAACCUGAAUCCAUCGACGAAAAAAUGAACACUCGCAUUGAUACUGCGUAGGCUUGCCACAAACAUAGUACGAAAUGUUCAUACGAAGUGUUAAAAUAAAGAAACAAAGAUAGUGCUUACACUUUGAAAAGUGAAAUUUCCAUUAAAUUUCGAAUUUUCACGAAUUUACCGGAGGUGGAAAUUUUCUGACGGAGCCGGAGGUGAAAAAUCCGGAGUUUGCACAGCACUAACCGAAACCACAAUAGGUCUUUCAAUCCCAACGACACCGAACUCGAAAUAUAUUUGGAAAUUAAAGGAGAACAAACAAGCAAUUUUUACUUAACAAAAAUAGUUUCGACAUGUCAUCAUAAAAAUAAAUUUCUAGUAAACAAUGAUAACAAUGAAAGGAAUGCAUGUAUUGUUUGACGCCCAUGUUUCCGACCGUAAACAUUUAAGCAGCCCACUUUUCGAAAUUUGUCAGCCACCUGAGUGAUGAUUCCUCUUGGAUGAAACAGGCUGUUGUGGCGCAACUUGUUGAGGUAAAACAACUAUGUAUAUAAGCCUCCUACUCCAAACCCUGGGAACCCUGUAAACCAAUGUGAUGGCUGCAGGCGUAAUGAAUCCCCUUGGUUUUAACAGUGUUUGGAUUUUGUUAUUUUUUUCUAGAAACUGCAUCAUCCCCUGGUCAAUGGCGUGUUUUCCUAACAACAAAACCAAGUCUGUUACUACCAGAAUCACUUCUCUACCUUGCCCAUCCUCUCGCCUGGGACUUCGUACAAAUGGAGACCAGUCAAGUUGACAUAGAUGUGCGUUCAUUUGAUGAUCGCCUGAAUGUUGAUCUGCUUUCGACUAUAAUAACAUCGCUAAAGGUGAGUAAGGUUUGAUGCUGUAUGCGGCAAUGAUAUAAUUAUGAGUUUCCCCUUGCCGCAUUUUAUCGUUGAGUUAUGUUGUUUGUUGUCACAGUAUUUUUUGUCACAGUUUUGUACAGCAUUGUAGGCUAUGGUAUGAUAUUGAUUUAGUCAACAUCAAGAUUGCCCAAAAUCUUUGUGGUUAAUGCUCGGCAACUUGACUCUGUAGCUCAUGCGCUGCACUGGACUCUGCAGCUCAACGCGCUGCACUGGAAUUGGAUAUCUGCCGAAAGGCCUAACGUUGCACUUAUCGCAGCUGCUCCCGGAUAUAUAGGUCUAUAAUUGUACAUAAAUUUUCGAAAAAUUCCAUAUACAAAUAACUAUCUACAUUAUGUAGAUGGUUAUUUGUAGAUGGAAUUUUUUAAUAUAUAAAUGAUUGAUUUGGUACAAUAUAUAGCUAUUACGCCAUAUUUGCAUAAAAUAUUAUGAGAUAUGCAUAAUUGUGGUCUGCUUGUGGGUAUAUGAUGUGGUUUAUUAUUUAAUUAAAAUAAUUCAUGAUUUCUGAUUUGCUAACAGCCAACUGUGAAAUCGUCAUAUCAUAUAAUAAUUGUAUUGACCAAAUAUGGAGUUUUGACAUAAUAUUCAACGGAGUGACAUCGUAAUGUUGAUAUGAAAAAUAAUAUUAAACGGUAUGACGUCACGCUAAUGACGACUGACGAACUAGUGAGGAAUGGCUUCAUACAAUCAGCAGCUGUUUCAUCUAAUAAAACAAUUAUUGAAUUUCAUUUUUGAAAAACAUUUUUGAAUUUGGUUGAAAAUGCUCAACCUCAUUCAAUAAUUGUUAAAAAUGAUUUAUGGUAUAUUUUAUGCUAUAAUGUAUAAUGGUCUAAUGUUAUGUAUCCAAUUUAACAAUUUAGUGGAGUGGAAUGAAUUAGUAUUGUAUUGCCGCAUGUAUUGGAUUUAUGGAAUGAUAUGGUGUGAUGUUACGUACCAGUGCUUGUUUCUGUCUAAUAUGUUUUGUUAAAAACUAAGUAUCUUCAUUGUUUAGAGAAUAUCCUUGAUAACGUGGGAAGAGGUGAAGCGUGGAUCUUUGUUCGUUCGUACAACAAUAUUUCGUUUGUGCAUCUUACAUGGUAUAUUAUGCGCCAGACAGGAGUUUGGUACCCGUGCCAUGGCAAAGGAAUACCCAUUUGGUUUAUAUGAUUUAGAACAUGCCAUCAAUCUUUGCAUACAGCUGUGUGUUGAUAAGGAAAUAAAUGAUUCAAAAACUAUUACGAAGCUCUGUUUUUCCAUUAUUGACGUAAGUAUCAGUUCCAGCUGUAAAGUGUUGAUGAAAAGAGAUGAACCAAUAGAUUUGCAACCCUCGUUAUUUUUUUAUUGACAACUUUAUAUUUCAAUCUUCCAAUAAUUCACUCUUAUAAAAUUUUCACAUGCAUUAUGAUUUCAUAUUUGAAAUCUGUGUGGAAUUAAUUUUCACAAUGUUAACCUUACGAAAUUUUACAUAUGAAAUGUGCUGCAUUUUAUAUGUGAAAAUGUUCCAAUAUCGUAACAUAAUUUCAGAUGUGAAAUUAGGGACUGGUCAUAAAGUAACUGCUAGGGCGGGCUGGAGGUAAAUCACAAAUUUUGCCAAUAAGUUCGAUGACCCAUCUUAGGAUGUAGAUAAAAAUUUCAAAGCCCUAAUCUUUAAUCUAAUCUUUUAUAAUAAAAAAACUUAUAUAAUAAAAUACACUUUUAUAAUAAAAAAACUUGCAGGUAUGAACACUCAUGUAUUUACACGGCACUGUAUUGACAUACAUAAUUCCACCUUAAUUGAUACUGAGCUGCUCUCCAGUUUGCUGUGAUUCGACCACUUCUUUUUGUUGUAUAAAUAAAGUACUGGCUUCAAUAGCAUAAUUUGCAUUUGAUAAUUUGGAUAGUUUUGUUUAGUUUUAUUAUUAAUAUCUUUAUUUUUGAAGUAGACAUGGGUUUUUGUUUGGUGGCCCAACCAUGGACAUACAAAAAAAAUUGGCGGCCCAUCGAAACUGCCCAAAGAUUUUCCAUGGCUCAUCCCAAAUCACUCCAUGCAGCCCACCCUAGAAAUUACUUUAUGACCAGUCCCUUAUAUGCAUGAUUGUGAAAUGCAAUAUUGUUAUAAAAAUUAUUUAAGUAAACUAUCCUGUUAUUGAACUUUUAGAUCGUUUAUGGAGGGAAAAUGUCUGAGCAACAGGAUCAUGAGUACCGGGAGCGCUUAAUGAGUCGAAUAUUUGAGACAGAACAGGAGUCGUCAGUGACAAUUGGGGAAAUAACAUUUCCACUUCCGCCAAUGAACGUGGAGCCAAGUGAAUAUGGACAGUGGUUGAAGGAAAAACUACAGGUCGAUGGCCAAGGAGAAUUAGCUUUGACCGCGGUACAGCCCGAUGGUAGCGUAAAAAUGGAGAGUGAUGAGUAUUGGUAAGUGGUCACAGAUCAUUAUAAUGAGGUAUAAUAUAUAUAUAUAUAUAUAUAUAUAGCGAGUAUUCUUUCGAGCCUUUUCUUUGUUUUGCUUCCAACAGCAAUACAUUCAGUUCCUCUUCCAACAGGAGAUUCGUCUAUGACGGCCAUCUUGAAAUAUGAGAUGUGCAUUAUUUUCACGUGCAAACAUAAUAACAUGCAGUCUUAAUGGAAAAGAUCACUCUUAAACAGACGUGAAAGUUGUACAUUAAUAAUAUAUAUGAAAAUAAUUAAAGAGGUAUAUAUGUAUAUGCAACAAAUUGUAUGAACAAUUAUAGAAAUUUUAAAACAUUGGCAAUUUUGAGAGGUCCGAUGUGCCUAUUUUUACGGAAAACGCACGACUUAGAAGAAUGUCCCACUUAAAUGCUCAAAAAGUUCGUUUAAUUUAAAUGAGUAAAUAUGAUAAUCUAUAAACAUUGUUUUCUUCCUUCACUUAGUGGUCUUUCAAUCGUCAAUAAUUUGGGUAUCCUAAAGUCUGGUUCUCGUGGUCCAGUUAUUCAUGACCUGAUCAACAUGACUGCUUUACGUCGUAAUUUAGAUAUGUGCUUAGAACGAUUGCCCACCCUCCUCAAUCUUGAUGCUAAAAAAUCUGCUCCUGCAACAAUUCUAUUACCAUCAGUUUUAUCUCAGUUACGUGCAUUGUCUAUAGCCUCGGAAACGAACAGCGUAGUGUCAAGUCGGGACGAAAACUUUCCAGAAACAAUGAAUUAUGCAUUACAACAGGCAAGUCAUUUAAAUUUAAAAAAUUAUUUUGUGGGAAAUUAAAAAAAGCAAUUUCAUUGCGCUGAACACAGACGCACGCGCUCCGAAAAGCAAUUUUUGAAUGUCAAUUUUCCAAGUGCACCCUCUGCCUUUUGUAAUGAAAUCACAACUUUCUGGAUGCAAUGCGGUGCAGACUAUAUAUAAUAGGUGCAUCAAAGUCUGCACCUGCAUUGCACCCAGAAUGUUGUGAUUACAAAAGUUGUGGUUCCAGCAUCGCUGCAUGAAAGCAGCGGUGAUUUGCAUAAUUAUGUGAUAACGUAUUUUUGAAUGUCAGUUUUCCACAAAUCACUUAGGGUCUAUAUUCUCUACUUCAAUGAGUAAAAUUUUCAAAUAUUGUGUAAAUAUGUAUAAUUUUUUUAAGGAGUGUGAAUGGUUUAAUGCAAUUCUUUUCCGUAUUCGCCAAUCCUUAUACAACUUGGAAGAGUGUGUUUUACGCGGAUCGCAUGCUUUGCCUUCAUCGAUGAAUGAUGUUGUUAUUCCAUUGCAAUAUGGCUUGGUACCAUGCGAUUGGCUUCAUGUGAACUGGCAACCUCCAUCACACUCACUUGAUUCUUGGUUAGAAGGUAAGAAUACCCAACUCCAUCCCGCCGAAGUCUGAAAUAGGAGCAAUAGAGUAUUUUUUAUCGUCUCUGCACAGUUUAAUGACAAGUAAUCAUGUUUCAUUGUGGGCAUUAAACCGCAAACGCGUAGCACAAGUCUAUUAAAUUUUGCAGAACAUCUCUUAGGUACUCUCUAUGAGUGUAACGUGCAGGGUUUUUAUAGUAACAAUAUAAGCAAUAUUCUUUAUGAUUCAAAUAAAGAGUACCAAUGAAAAGUGUUGGGUAUAAGUCACGCUGAAAAACAAUCGAAUAUAGGACCGGUAUAUGGAGAACGAUGGUAUUAUAUAGAUCAUUAAUUUUAAAUUGUACUUAAGCGGUAUAUAUAAGCAUGUUAUUAUCGCCCAAACCAAACAACCAAACGAUUUUAACCCAACCUAUGAACCUGGUUGAAUUUUUUUCUAGAAUUUCAAAAAUGUCAUACACAACUAGAGACCUGGAUUGGCAAACGCUAUGUACCAAAUCCAGACCAGGAAUUGUCGUUUAGACGUGGUACGCUGAACCAGAUCUGGCUUGGAGGGCUCGUUGACCCAGCAGCCCUAGUUGCCUCGUUGAAACAUGAAAAAGCAGCUAGCUGUGAAUGCUCAAUUGAAGAUGU